CACAGCCGUAUAAAUUCGAUUCUUUUUUCAUUGUUCAUUACUUGUAGUCAUUCUCUUUAUCUGUGCGGAUAAGACGACAGUAUAUCCAGCCAUGGAGGAACAAUCCCCAGUCGAUCUGGAGAACAGAGAUAUCAACUCUCUUAAUUCAUCUAUACAGGUUGCCUUUGAAGAUGUUUUGGGAGAACCAGAUACGACACAUAGUAUCGACUGUGUCUGGAAAAACAGCUACUCAUGUUUCAAUUGUGGAAAGAAUUGUUGCUACAAGUUCAUGAGUACGCUGUGUGGUAUUUGUAUCGCGCUUUACUGGGGAUGCGAGUUCGCCAUGAUCACGUUUCAGAUGGUGUGGUGCUGUACACCCUCUCUCAAAGUCCAUACCAUCAUGCUCGGCAUUUGCCAACGUUUCUUCGGAUCAUGUAUCCAGUGCUGCCUUGCUCCUCUCUGUGAAACCAUGGGAUUAUGUUUCAGUAACAUUACUAUAACAAAGAAAUGAUUCUAAAAAUUAUAUUAAAACUGUGCUGACACGACCCUCCAAAUCGUCGAGAUUCCAAAGUCAUCUGAACGCUUUCUACCUCUAAGAUGUUCAUCAUUAUAGAAUAUCCGUGUCAUUUAAACUUAAACGAAGACAUCAUCGGAUUUUACACCUAGAGGACAUGGGAUAUCCUUUUACGGAGGACAGUAAUCGAAUGACUGUCAGUAAAAAUUCUUGAGAUCUGUGAUAUAGUACAUAUUUUGCUCAAUUUAUUUAUUUAUUUCUACUUAAAAUGUGCAAAUGUACCUCACUUUACAAUGUUCAAUAAAUUUUUCAUCAUUUCUUAA